GGCACACACGGGCCAUCCAUCCACCCAUCUAUGCCUCUUCCCCCUCCACCUCCACCUCCACCUCUCCAUCACUACGGCCAUCGCUACCGCUGUCGGUGUCCAAAUCGCCGACACCGUCGCUCUCGCUGUCCCCAUCCUCGCCGCCUUGCUCAUCGUCAAUCUGAAUCGCACCCGCCUGAAUCAAGGCCUCCCGCCGCUGCCCGUCGACACGAUCCGGGAAGUGGGUGCCGAGAAACAAGACUGCCUGGAUGGAUAAUAAGAGACAGACAAGACACUGACAGUAUGUGCCCGCGCUCCUUUGUCGACAUGAUGCCUCCAAGGCAGCCCACCGGCGCUGCGAUGGCCAUGUCGUUGUGUGCCUGCAGCUCUACUAUCUUGUCCACACCGCCGGCCUGCACGGAAGGCACAGAAAGAUAACCGUGUGUUUAUGGUGUUCAUUUUGCAUGAUUCUCUCCCUUGUUCACUCACCUGAUCCACCAGUGUGCAGUAGGGGUUGUCUGGGAGGCCCUCGGUGGCCUGCUUCUGCUCACCCGCACUGCAUACGAGAGCGCAACACGUCGGCAGCACACAAACGGCAUACUUUGCUGACCUACCUGAGUAUUUUGUCCAGGACGGAGAUCAUGGCGCUGAGUCGCUGGCUGUCGUCGCCAUCGAGCCGGUCACAGAAGUACUGGAUGCCGCCACACUCAACCACAUGCUCAACCUGUACGAUUGAGCAAACGCGACAUGAGCUCAGGAAACAUAUUCAAUGUGUGUGGGCGGCUGAUAUACACACCUGCUGCUGCGAUCCUCCCAAGGCUAUAUUUCCGACGCUUAUCGCCGCCAUGUCCUUCACGGCCUCCUCGGUCUCCCCGCCGGCCGCCAUGUUGAUCAGCAGAGGCACCAGCCCGCCAUCGAUGAGCGCCUGCUUGUGGGCAGUGGUGCCUGCAUCCAAUCAAUGCACACCGAACAGCACAGCACCCUACACAUGACGUGGGUGGAUCUUAUGUGUGUGAUAUUACCUCCAGCUGCCAGAAACACCACCAUCCAUGCGCCGUAUUUCAUCCUCGGCUCGGCCAU